ACAUCCAUCUUUCCCUCGUGUCGCACUUCCUGGACACAUCGUGAGCAUGGCGGAGAGUACGGAACCUCUGGUCCCUGGUGCUCCUCUGAUAUCUCUGGACCCGGAGCUGCAGGAGGAUUUUCAGAAGAAGGUGCAGCAGAUCCGGAAACGGCCAAAGACUGAUAUACUGACUCCAGGGGUAGUUUAUGUUGGGCAUAUUCCCAAGGGUUUGUAUGAACCGCAACUCAAGGAAUAUUUUGGCCAGUUUGGAACCGUUACCAGGCUGCGUCUUUCAAGGAGUAAAAAGACAGGUGGGAGCAAAGGAUACGCAUUUGUGGAAUUUGAGUCAGAUGAAGUUGCCAAAAUAGUUGCUGAUACAAUGAACAAUUACCUCUUCUGUGAAAGGCUAUUAAAAUGUGAAUUCAUGCCUCCAGAUAAAGUCCACCCAAAGGUCUUUAAAGGAUGUGACAGCGUUUUUAAAAAGCCAUUGUCAAUGGCUGUGCGGCGCUACAACAACAGGAGAUCCACAAAGCAAGAGGAGAAGAUGACUAACAAGCUGCUAAAGAAGGAAAAGAAACUAAGGCGGAAACUGGCAGAAAAGGGCCUGGUCUAUGAUUUCCCAGGAUUUGCCUCACAGAGAAAAAACCCUGAUAAAACCACUUCUGAUCUUGAUGUGUCUGUAACUAGCCAGGAUCCAACACCCGUUUGCACCCCAUCAGUGCUGGAGAAAAGGAAGUCCAUCCGGGUGGAGGAGGAUGAUAACGAUGAGGAAAUUGUACUUAAACUUCCUGAAGUCUGCACAACUAGCAAAAAGAGAUCAAAAAUGUCAAAGACUGAAAAGAUAAAAAAGAUAAAGAAACUCAAAUUACAAACAAAUUAAUUAGGAAAUUAAAAUGUUCCAUUUCUUCAGUGUACCGAAGCCAAGCUAUAAGGAUACAGUCUGUCUACAGGACCUUUCACUUCCCAUGUUUUUAAAUAAUUUCACCAGAAAUAAUUUAUUUUGCCACUUUAUAUGACUCUAAAUUCCUAAGAACGUUCUGUUGCUGGGGGCUGUUCCUUUAACAGGUUACAAAACAUUGUGAUUCAUAAGGGAUAUCGUAUAUUUCUACAAAACAAUUCAUUUUCUUUAACUUACAACUGUUGUGAGCAACACCUGAACUUUUUAUACAGAAUAUAUAAUACAAAUUUGUAUUACCCAGGAAA